UCAGGCAACGCUGCAUGGUGUAAAUAAACGCCGCUAGCCGCCAAUACUUCCUCACAUUUAAAUUAUAUAACGUGUGAGAGGAUUAAGUUGAUUAAAAUUGGAUAGAGAGAAUACAAAGAGCCCAUCGGUGUUAACACGUUGCUUUGUUUUUUUUGGUAAACCGAAAACUACACACAAAAUGUCCAAACCGGCGCUCACUUCACUUCAUCAAGCGCUGAGGAAAAGCUUCCAGACUCUUGAAAAGAACCAGAAAGUGUGGACAAGCGUGUUGGCCGAAUGCAGCCCGCUGAUGGAGUCCCUCGGGAACUUGGCGGAGCAGUCGCGAGCGCUGUCCAACGUCCAAAUCUCCAACACGCCGCUCCGAGACUUUCCUGACCUGGAGGGACGCCUGCGUUUCAAGCUCUCCCAAGCCACGGAUACGGUGCUGGGCAAACUCAAUGAGCACAUGUCUUCUCUACAGUCCGUGAGAGAUUCCAUCAGUGGACAGGUCUCGGCAGUCUUCCAGCUUUACGAGCUGAACACAGAAAGUCUGGAUCUGCCCACCUUAACCGAGCGCUCGGCCGCCGCCCCAUCGGUGGCCGACAUGCUGGAGUGGCUGCAGGAUGCUGAGCGACACUAUCGGCAACAAUUUGUGAGGAGGAAAACUCUGCUGCUGACUCUGAGGGCAGAUAAUCUCUCUCUGUUAGAAUCUGCACCCAAAAGAUGGAAAUCCUUGGAGCGUGCCGGGGCAGAGGACCACAUCACAGAUACACUUUGCAAAGUGUCCUUUUUUAUCGAGGCCCAAUGAAGAGAGUAAAAUCGACUCAGCUGGAACUCUGAACUUCUGAAUCGGACUUAAUUUCAUCCACAAAUACAUGGACUUUUCCCCGUGGACAGGAUUGGAUUUUCAUUUUGUUAUUUUUAAUCUCCCUAGACACUUCCUUGGAUGGAAGGUGUGUCUUUGUACCAGACUUUAGACGGCGUGACGAACAAGAGGAAUGAAUAGAGGAUUUAAUAACGACCCUGCGGCGUCAUUUCUUACUCGAUUGUCGGCAUCUUUGUCUGCAGCUGAGACAACCAGGACACACAAAAGGGACAAAGACAGUUACACCACAGUUAGUGAAGCACGCUGGGACAAACAGUUUUUAUUUUACUAAUUUGAUGAAGGCACAUUCAAGUCAAGGUUUUAUGUGACGAAUCGAGGGGCGGUGGAACCUGUCGGAGAUCAACUGUAACAACCCACUGCAAUCUUCACAACACGAGCCAUCAUUAAAGCCAUUACAGGGGUCAAACUGGA